AUGGGCUCUCUAACUGAGAAAAUUUCACAAGUAAGAGAUCUGUUACGUGCAGGGGUUAUAAAGCAGAAUGAGAAACCUGUUUGGUACGAUGUAUAUGCUGCUUUCCCUCCAAAACGAGAGCCGUUAUAUGAAAUUCCUGUAUGGCGCAGUUUGAAAUCUCCUGACAACAUACCUGAAAUUCUGUACAAAGAGGAUGCCAUCCGAGCCAAAUUCUAUAAGGCUUAUGGUAGUGGACCCAGAGCAUUUGACCUGUCUCGAUCAAACUUUAAAUCUACAUGCCAGAGGUUUGUAGAAAAAUACACUGAACUACAGAAGACGGGAGAAAUUAAUGAUGAGGAGCUGUUUGAUGAGACGGGAAAAGCACUUCUGACUGAAGGAAUCAUUCUGAGGAGGAAGGGGGCCCCUUGGAUUCGACCAUCGAAGUCAACAGAAACAGAGACGCGCGAUCCCUUGCUCGAGAUGAACCUGAAAAAUAUGCUGGAAGAAAUGCAGCAGCAACAACAGGAAGGGAAUUCCUCUGAGGCUGAAAAAUCUUCCCCCUAGUUCUUUUUAGUGAGAGAUUAACUAAACGUGGGGUACAGUGCUCAGAUAACAACAAUCUUUGGGAGUUUAUUUUUGGCAUUAUGUACCCAAGUGAGUUGACGUUUGCUUGGUUAAUUCAGUUGUGAUAUAUAUUUUGUACAUAAACUUUCAUACAACAUUUAAAAA